AUGGCAGACAAAUUCCCUGAAAUUAAUGAUGUUUCAGUCGAUGGGGACGAACAGAUGUCAGGCGGCGAUUUUUUAAGUAGAGAGAAGGAAGUUCUAGGAGAUGAAUUUGCGACAGCAGAGGAUGUGACAGCACAGGAUGCUAGUGCCACGGCAGAUAAGGACGAUGAGUUUGAAGAAUUCAAGACGCAGUAUCCUGAACUUGGUGCAGGAGCAAAUGGAUCAGAUAAUGAAGAAGACUUCAAAGAUUCCAAAGAUUCCAAUGGCUCCAAUGGCUCCAAUGGCUACUUGAAUGUUACAACAAGAAUGGCUAAAUUGAACAUGGAGUCUAGUGAAGCUGUCAAACAAUGGAAACAACAAAGAGAAGAAUCAAUUUCAAAGACAGACUCGAUUAAUGAGAAGAAAGUUGAUGAAAUCAAGAAGGAAGCACAGAAAGCCACAGAUGAAUUCUACGAGAAUUACAGUAACAAGAAGGAAGAAUUGAUUGAGAGUACCAAGAAAGAAGAAGAGGAGUUCUUGAAGAAGAGAGAUUCGUUCCUUGAAAAUGGAACCGUUUGGGAAAGAGUUGUUGAAGUUCUUAAACUUAGUAAGAACUCGAAUUCUAUUGAUGAAGCUCAUAAUAGAGACAAAAGUAGAUUCAAGGAGCUUUUGAUGAUGUUGAAGGAUAAGGAGGAUUCACCAGGAGCAUAA